CACCAACACUCACACUGACACAUUCUGCUACUUUUGUGGAUUACUGUUUUGAUGACAAUGUUUCUAACUUGCAUUUUGUGCAUUUUCACAACCAUGUUCUCUACAACUAUAAUCUCAGAUAAAGCUGAUAAAACAGAGCUGCAAAGUCUUCAUCGACAGAAAAGAAGUUGGAUUAUCCCUCCAAAAAAACUGUUUGAAAACGUGGAUUAUACCAAAGAAGAAUAUAUUGUCAAAAUUCGAUCAGAUGAAGAAACCAGGACAAAUAUUACAUAUUCUCUAUUAGGACCUGCAGUGGAUGAUGGAUUGUUCACCGUAGGCAAUAAGGAUGGCUUAGUCAAGAUCAAUGGCAUCUUGGACAGAGAGAAAGAAGCUUUUUAUAUACUCAAAGGGAGAGCUACGCUACCAGAUGGAACACUUGUUGAAAAUGACCUCGAUUUGGAAAUCAUAGUUCUUGACCAGAAUGACAAUGCCCCUGAGUUUGAGCUUAAAAUGAUUGGUUCUGUCGAAGAGCUCAGUGACAAAGACACCAUGGUAUUUACAGUCACAGCUAAGGAUAAAGACCAGGAAGGCACAACAUAUUCAAAAAUUACCUACAAAGUUAUACAGCAGGAUCCGGCUGGAGAGAUGAUGUUCAAAAUCAACCGUGCGACUGGUGAAAUCAAAGUCAAUAUGAACACUCUGGACCGAGAGAAACAAGAAAUGUACAAACUGCUAAUCACGGCUACAGAUAUGGAUGGAGCAGAUUCUGAUCCCAACAACAGACCAAUGACAGGAACAGGGACGGUGACCAUCAACAUACUUGACGUCAAUGAUAAUAUCCCCACAUUGGAGAACGUGUCUUAUGAGGGUAGUGUGGAGGAGAAUAUCAAGAAUAAGGAAGUGAUCCGGAUUAAGACCAUAGACAAGGAUAAGGAAUUCACUGAGAACUGGGAGGCUGUGUACACCAUCAUUUCAGGAAAUGAGGCUGGUUACUUCAACAUCACCACAGAUCCCAAAACUAAUGAGGGCAUCCUGAUGGUCACUAAGGAGCUGAACUAUGAGGAGUUUGAAGAGAUGACUCUGAAAGUGGUGGUCAACAACAAGGCGGCUUAUCACAAGUCAGUGGUGAACGCCAAGAACAUAGAAUACCCCAUUAAGAUAAAAGUGCAGAACGUGCAUGAAGCCCCUCAUUUCCAGCCCGCGGUCAAAAUCGUCAGAGUCUCUGAAGACCGCAACGUCACUGAUCUAACGAAGGUCAUCACCACCUACACAGCCACAGAUACUGAUACAAAGCUAAACGCCACUAAUGUCAGGUAUUUGAAAGAAGAAGAUGCUGACCAUUGGGUGAGCAUUGAUGAGCACACAGGCGAGGUGAGACUCAUCAAAUAUCCAGACCAUGAGUCUGAGCAUGUGAAAAAUGGAAUAUACUACAUCAAAAUCUUAGCAAUCACCAGGGAUGUUCCACCCAAAACUGCAACAGGAACUCUUGCAAUUUAUGUGGAGAAUAUUAAUGACAACGCUCCCAUUCUGAACAGCUCAGUCAAAACGCUGUGUUAUGGACACAGCAUAGUGUAUGUCUCAGCCAGAGAUAAGGAUCUUUUCCCCAAUGGAGAAAAAUUUGAAUUCAUAUUGGCUACCAAGGGCACAAAAGAGAAAUGGAGCAUCAAGCCUAUUAAUGCAACAACAAGCAUUUUGCACAGCCAGGAGAUCCUGUGGCCAGGACACUACACAGUGGAGCUGCAGGUGAAAGACCAGCAAGGAAAGUCCUCUGUGGUUCAAAAGCUUCAGAUAUUUGUGUGCAUAUGCUCACAUCAUGAACAAGACGAACCGGAUUGCCCACAAGUGAGACAGAAGAGCACUGGUACUGUACUGGGAGCAGGUGGUGUUCUGGUACUACUGCUAGGAAUCCUUCUUCUCUUGGCAAUUCCAAUGCUUUUGCUGGUGUGUGAGUGUGGAGCAGUUCUUGGAAAUAACCAGGCAUUCCCAUUUGAACCAGAACAGAAUCUCAUCACCUAUAACACUGAAGGCCAAGGAGAGUAUAAGGAACCAGGACUGGUGAUUCAGUUGCCUGUGAAUGUAGAAGGUGACAGCAGCAGGAAACUGGUAGCUGGAUGUGGAAAACAUGAAUACUGGAGGAAAUAUGGAUUGAAAUCUCAAAAGCAAUACAUAAAUGAACAGUGGAGUGUUGAUUAUAAGGCAACUGGAAUCAAAGGGAAUUAUGAAAAUUUCACAGCAAGCACCCUCAGUUCCAUGGCUCUAGAUGAGAACUUCUUAUGUGGGUACUUUGAAACGAAAGCGCAAUUAAUUCAUGAAGCUAGUCCGAACCAUUUGCUGAGGUCUAGCUGUGAAGACUGCAUCUCAGCCACAAGUUCCUUUGAUGAUCUCAUCAGCUAUUUACAUGAAGAAAACAAUCUGGAUUUUCUCGAUGACCUAGGGCCUAAGUUCAGAAGCCUCGCUGAGAUAUGCUGUGGUUCAGCCAUCAAACUUGAAGUCAGCUCCACUCCCAUGCCUGCCAAAACCAUCUCCUCCAGUUCACAAGUGGGCAUCAAAUUAGAAGGUGCUGCUGAUGUUACUCACAAGGAUGCGACCUCUUUCUCUGCAUCCAGCUCCUCCUCCACCACCCAAGUAACAACUACAAAUUAUGCAGAGAAUAUAAGCAGUGGAAGUGUUACAUCAGCAGCAACUGUAGGCCAAACUCUGUUCGUCCAACAGCCAACUGUCUACCUUUCCUCUACACCCAUAUAUGUAGUGGAGCAACAGUGCCAGCCUGCCCUUUUUCUAGCUUCUGGUCCAAUCCCGGGUGUUCAGGAAAGGAAUGUGGUGCUGGUGGAGAAAGGGGCUACCAAGAUGGCAGUUGCUGCCCAGAACACCCUUCCACACCUGGGGUUGCAGCAAGCAAACACCAGAGUAAUGGUGGAUGAAGGAAUUGGAGGCACAGUGGUGCAUGGGUUCUCAGGCCACUCUAAGCCUCAGGGCACCGUUUCUGGUACCUUUUGUGUAGUGGAGAGCUCCAUGUCCACCUCUUAAUGCAACAACAUAGGCAUUAGCAGUUUAAAUAUAGAAGGCAUUAUCUGAUCAUUUGCAAUUAUCUAUAGCUCUGGAAAAAAAAAUGAGACCACUGCAAAAUUAUCUAUUUUUCUUAUAAUUUAUUACUAUUUAUAGGUAUAUGCUUGAAUAAAAUCAACAUUUUUGUUUAUUCCAUAAACUAUCAUACUUGUGAUCAUCCAUCAUCCUCUUCAUCACAUUGUAAAGGUUUUCUGUCGGGUCUGGAGAUGGCUGGCCAUGACAGAGGUAUGAUGUGUUGGGGAACAUUGUCGGAGCAGAACAAAGUAAGUUUUCUUCCAGGACAACAUUGUAUGUGGCUUGAUUCAUGCACCCUUAGACUCAUCAUUGAAAAUGACCUUACGCUAGUACUCUAUUGUGCAGUCCUUAUGGUCUUUUGCAAAUUUCAGCCUGGUUCUUUUUUGUUUCUCAUUGAUGAAGGGUUUUUUCUAGCUUUGCAUGACUUCAGUCCUGUCCCUUGGAGCCUGUUUCAAACAGUCCUUGCCAUGCUUUUCACUCCAGCUGCCCAUUGCCAUUCUUUUUUUUAGGUCACGUCAUCUUGUGGCUGUUAAGUGACAUUCAAAUGAUUUUACAGUCAUUCCGGUCAGUGGAGUCACGUUCAACUGUAGUUUUGUUGUUUCCAAUGUCUGCAGCUUGACCUUGUUCUUAUGAACCGCUGUCUUUAAAAUUUUAAGGAUGGAAACAACCUGACACUCACUGUUUAACUCUACCAGUAAAGCCAGAAUUGAACCCUUCUUUUCCUCAAUCAGUACUUUUCUUUUCAACUCUUUUGGUAUGGUCAAUGGAUAUUAUUUGACUCUAAUUACUUUUGAGGUACUACAAGCACUGUAUUUGCCACCCAACUGGUCCUACUGGAAGAGAAGAGGAUAGUGAUGACAACAGCAGUGGUUUUUGCACUUUUACUCCGAUCACCUAAUCAGCACCUCAUUAAGCAGAAUAAGGUAUAUCUGUGUUGUAAUUCAACAGACACUGGAAUGGAAUGGCUGCCAUUCAUAGAUUGAUGCUGUUUUCAGAAAAAUGCAUUAAGUGGUCUCUUAAUUUUUUCCAUAUUUUGCCUGCUUUUUACUGGUAAAAUUAUUAGACGAUUGCAGGGUUGGUAAAAAAAAAAAAAAAACUGGAGUUGCUAUGUAAAACAAAAUGUCACCUGCAGGGAUCCUUACCAUUCCUGGAGGACCUAUGACCAAUCCGGCCUAUUCUUUAAUAAUGUCUGAGCAAUCCUGCUUUAGAUCAGGGAUUUCAAAACUUAUCUGCAAAGGGUUGGUGUGGGUGCAGUUUUUCAUUUCAACUGAGCAUAAGCCACACCUAAGUCUAUUAAGAGCCAAGAUCAAUUGAUUAAACAGGUGGAAUCAGGUGUGGCUCAUGCUUGGUUGAAAUGAAAACUUGCACCCACCCUGGCCCUUUGUGGAUAGGAUUAGACACCUCUGGUUUAAACAAACAUGCCCAUAUCUGCAGAAGUUCUACUCAAUUCUGCUCAAUCCUCAGCCAUUUGUGAAGGAUUUCUGUAAACAAUUAUGUCCACUCAAGUAGAAGGACUGAUCGAUCCUGCCAACUACUAUAAAAAGUUUGGCCAAUCUUACCCAUUCCUGAAGAAAUUGUGUGACCAAUCCUGCCCACUCCUGUAGAAAGUUUGACCAGUCCUGCCCACUUCUGUAGAAAGUCCUUCUUGUUUCUGUAGAUUCUAGAUUCUACAGGAAUUCUGACCUUCCCUUCUCCAGCAAUGCAAGUACAAACUUUUGCCAGUUCACAAAACAUCUUUCUCUUUCUUUAUAGUGUUGCAGCUUUUCUAUGUGGUGAAGAGUUGUGCUGAUCAAAUAUAGAGCAUGAUUGUGUGCAUACCCUACAUAUUGCAAAUUAAAUUGAUUUUUUGAUCAGGGUCUCAAAUCUCUGCUGCCAACAUGAUCCUGUUUUUAAAAAGUAAAUAUAAUCAUCUGAGAGGGAGAGGGAUAUUUCUGCUUAAAGAAAGCUUGAUUGAUUAGCAUGUGCAAUUUUAAAUUUUACUUAUUUUUAUUCUCAGAAAACCAUGAAGUUAACAGUGAUUGUAAUGUCAAGAAUGAUUUAUGAUUGUUAUAAUAUGAACACUAAAU